CAAAAGCCCAAAGCCCUGCGCGGGAGUGCGUCACCAUACGAUGCCGCUUUUGCUCUCGCCGGCCAGCGCCGUCGUCGCCGCCAUCGCCGCCAAGUUAGCCCACGUCCAUCACCCCUACUCUCAUCGCCGGUUCCUCCAUCGCCCCCGACCCGGCCUUGCUUGCUUAUCUAGCUCCUCCUUUCCUGCCAAGAUCUCCAUCAAGGCCAUGGCCGAGACUGAAACUCGUAGCGCCGCUGCCCCUCGCUCUGUUGCUGGUUGCAAGCAAGCGUUGAUUUCAUUGUCCGAUAAGAGGGAUCUCUCUUUGCUCGCGAACGGACUUGUGAGCUUAGGAUAUUCUAUUGUUUCAACUGGUGGAACAGCAUCUGCCAUAGAGGAAGCAGGAGUUCCGGUCACUAAAGUUGAAGAGAUCACACAUUUCCCUGAAAUGCUUGAUGGCCGAGUGAAAACUUUGCAUCCCAGUAUACAUGGUGGUAUACUUGCUCGAAGGGAUCAAGAACAUCACAUUGAAGCCUUAAAUAAGCAUGGGAUUGGAACAUUUGAUAUCGUUGUUGUGAACCUGUAUCCUUUUUAUGAGAAAGUAUCGUCUGGUGGGAUUACAUUUGAAGAUGGCAUUGAGAAUAUUGAUAUUGGUGGCCCUACCUUAAUCCGAGCAGCUGCUAAGAAUCAUAAGGAUGUAUUGGUCGUGGUGGACCAUAAAGAUUAUCCUGCUUUGUUGGACUUUUUGCAAGGAAAACAAGUCAGUCAACAAUUCCGGAAGGAGUUGGCAUGGAAGGCUUUUCAGCAUGUUGCUUCUUAUGAUUCUGCAGUCUCAGAGUGGCUGUGGAAGCAAUCGUCUGAAGGAGAAAGUUUUCCUCCUAGCUUCACGGUGCCUCUGUCACUGAAAUCUACACUUCGCUAUGGUGAAAAUCCUCAUCAAAAAGCUGCUUUUUAUGAUGACAAGAGUCUUUCUUUGGUGAAUGCUGGUGGUAUUGCAACUGCCAUACAACAUCACGGGAAGGAAAUGUCAUACAAUAAUUAUUUAGAUGCGGAUGCAGCUUGGAAUUGUGUGUCAGAGUUCAAAAGCCCGACAUGUGUGAUUGUGAAGCACACCAAUCCAUGUGGGGUAGCAUCACGACAAGAUAUUCUUGAAGCGUAUAGAUUAGCAGUGAAAGCAGACCCUGUUAGCGCAUUUGGUGGGAUAGUUGCAUUUAACACAACAAUAGAUGAGGACCUUGCAAGGGAAAUUCGAGAAUUUAGAAGUCCCACUGAUGGUGAAACACGAAUGUUUUAUGAGAUAGUCAUCGCUCCUGGUUACACCGAAAAAGGUCUUGAAGUCUUGCGUGGUAAGUCAAAGACUUUAAGGAUCCUUGAGGCAAAAAGGACUGAGAAGGGGAUGCUCUCACUCAGGCAAGUCAGUGGAGGAUGGUUAGUUCAGGACUCGGAUGAUUUGGUCCCGCAAGAUAUUAAAUUUGAAGUGAAGACAGAAAAGGUUCCUGAAGAGGGUGAGCUUCAGGACGCGGAGUUUGCGUGGCUUUGUGUCAAGCAUGUCAAGAGUAACUCCAUUGUGAUUGCCAAGAACAACUGCAUGUUGGGAAUGGGUAGUGGACAACCAAACAGGCUGGAGAGCUUAAGAAUUGCUUUCAGGAAAGCAGGGGAAGAGGCAAAGGGAGCUACUUUGGCUAGUGAUGCGUUUUUCCCAUUUGCUUGGAAUGAUGCAGUUGAAGAAGCAUGCCAGAAUGGCAUCGGAGUGAUUGCCGAGCCAGGAGGCAGCAUCAGAGACAAGGAUGCCAUAGAUUGUUGCAACAAGUAUGGUGUGUCUCUUCUCUUCACCAAUGUUAGACACUUCAGGCACUGAAUACAGCUUCAAUUCUUCGGCAUUAUAUGUUCCAAGAAAAUAAUAAUAGUCAUAGAGAUCAAAUGCUAUGGUUGAUAUAAACCCGAAAUUUCAGUAAUGUUUAAACUCAAAGGGAAUUUGAAGCAUCAAAUCCAUUGAUAAACUUAAAAGUUACCUUGUGUCUUUGGCUUGGUGUAUGACAGAUAUCUUUCUGUUAUUGGAAGUUUUCAGAGGCUAUAAACAUAAAGUUAUUAUUA